UCUGUCCUUUCCCGGCGCUCCCGGAGAAGGAGGAAGAAGACGCGCGGAGACGGGGGAGAGAGCACAGAGCCCCCCGUCACCAUUAACUGCCCCCCAGCCUCAGGACAUCCACCACAGGACCCCCCGCUCCCGGGCGCUGCUGGGCUGAAGAUGAUAUUGUGUCCACUGUCUAACAGGAAGUAGAGAUGAACACAGGAAGUGAACACUAAGAAAAGCUUUAUUAUUCUGCCCUCCAUACAAAGCUCAUUAUAGGAAAUUGAUUCUGCAAAGCUUUGGAUAAAGUGAUGUCUCAGAACUGACCACAUCCACCGCAAUAUGGAGUCUGCAGAGAGGUUAACAUCCAAUUUAUCAUCAGCGACCUCCUCGUCGCCUUCCACACCAUCCGCAGCAGUUACUAAAGGAGGCCUUUCCACUGGAGUGUCACCCCUCAGCUCCGCCAUCACAGCUUGUGGACACUUGCCGUUCAAUCUGUCGAGUGCCUUUCCAAUGGUCAGUCAUCCAGUCUUCGGUCUUCACGCAGCCAGCUCAGGGCAUUCCGAAUUUGGUGGUUUGGGAACCCUUGGGGCAGCCACGGCCUUGGCAGCGCACCCCCAGCUAGCACCUUUUCCAGGUGUAGAAUGGUGGCGUGCUACUGAUCCUCACACCCGGGCUGCUUUUUUCCCCCCGGUGCUAGGGAUCCCUCCUUUAUUCAGUGCUCCGGCACAAAAUCACGACUCCUCUUUCCACCUCCGAACCGCAGGCAAAAAUGGACGCGGCAGCGCGGAAAAAGGGAUAAAUGGAUCCUUGAAUGGAAUUAGCCCAACAUUAGUCACAAGUAACUGUUCAUCUGUAUUAUCAACAACUAACACAAGUACUGUAGGACAAGCUAAAAGCGUGUCCCCGGGCAUCGUGGGUCGGCCAUGUAACCAAGAGAAGAGCAAGAUGGAUGUUAGAAGUGAAAAGACUAAAGACAAGCAAAAGCAGAGGAAGAAAGCGGUUGAAAGUUCCAGUUCCAGUGACUCUGGAUCAUCUUCUGACACCUCAAGCGAUGGAGUGAGUACUAGUGACUCUGAUGACUUGGAGGAGGAGGACCCGAGUAUAGACGAUAGCGAUGAUGAUUCCGAUUCUGAGACCGAAGCACAAAAUAAAGCGACAAACAAGGUGCUAUUACAUAAUAUGUCAGAAUUAAUAACGGAGGGAACUAAAGCUGAGAAGUCACAGGAGAAAAGACCACACCAGCAGAUACCUCUUCUUCCUGACCCUCCAGCGCACUCACCGUUCCCGUCCCAGCAGAAACACACUCAGGUUCUGUCUCUCCCGCUGGUUUUCCAAAGCUCUCAGGCCAAGGAGGAGGCUGUGAACAAACACACAAGUGUAAUCCAGAGUACGGGGCUGGUUUCCAGCGCAAAGCCUGUAUCUUUACUAGGUCAGUCCAACAAGGACGCAAGCUUGAAGCAUGUAGCUCCCUCUUCUGAUGGACUCAAAACAGGGAACAAAAAUACCUCUGAAGACUCUACCCAGUUACCCAGUGACUUAAGAAUAAAAAGGGAUCAGCAGAAGCAUACAUUCCCAGCACAGUUAAAGAAGACACAUGAGAGUUCCAAGCACCAGAAGAAGACACUUGUAGGUCUACCAGUCUCCAGUGCUGUGUCUAGCUCUUUAGGUCAUCAUCCAGCAUCUUUAGAAAACAACCACUCUAAUCCUUUCCUGGCAAAUGCAUUGUUGGGCAACCACCAACCAAAUGGAGUCAUUCCAUGUGUUAUCCAAGAUGCCCCCCUUGCACUUACGACCAAGACAAAGAGCCAGGGCAAGUUAAAUGAUGGCCCUUCCCCAUCUCCGUCAUCCCCCUUUUCCUCGCCAAUUAAUCUAAGCUCAUGCGUGAAAAAGAACUCUUCAUCCAACAAAUCUGUCCUUGGGACAUCCACUUCUCCUGUUGUACAAAGCUUUUGCAAAGAUAAAGUCCUGGUCAAUAAUUCAACACCAGCAAUAAAGCCUUCCCACCGUCACAAUGUCGCAAAGUCACUGCUGGACAAAUUCCGUGGGACGGAUUCGGACAUUCCCAGCAGCAAGGAUUCAGAUGACUCCAAUGAAGAAGAUGACGACGAAGACGAGGAUGAUGAGGAUGAUGUAGAUGAUGGUGAAGAGGAUGAAGAUGAUUCUGAUAGUCAAUCAGAAUCGGACACAAACUCAGAAUCUGAGUCCGACGGAUCGGAAGAAGAUGAUGAUAAAGAUCAAGACAUCUCAGACAGUGAUACGGAGGGAGAGAAAACCCCGCUGAAGAUUGGCAAAAUGACUCCAUCUGUAAACAGCACAAACAACAGUAUUAUAUCGCACUCCACACCCCUCAACCUGCAGGUUGUCAGGACUCCUAGCUCUGCUCCGGCUGCUCUCUCACCUGAGACUCAAUCCCCAGACUUCCUCGGCACGUCUUCAACUCUCAGUCCAAAUACACCUUGCGGUUCUGGAAAGAAAAGAAGAGUAACUGAUGAACAGGACCUUCGGAUUCCAUUGGAAUAUGGCUGGCAAAGGGAAACAAGAAUUAAGAACUUUGGUGGACGUCUUCAAGGAGAAGUGGCUUAUUACGCUCCAUGUGGAAAGAAAUUCAGGCAGUACCCAGAAGUAAUGAAGUAUCUCUCCAGAAAUGGAAUAAUGGAUAUCACAAGGGACAAUUUCAGCUUCAGUGCAAAAAUAAGAGUGGGUGACUUCUAUGAAGCACGAGAUGGACCACAGGGAAUGCAGUGGUAUCUUCUGAAAGACGAAGAAAUAGUUCCGCGUAUACGAGCCAUGGAAGGCCGCAGAGGACGGCCGCCAAAUCCCGAGAGACAACAGGCGCGAGAAGAGUCGCGGAUGAGACGGCGAAAAGGCCGACCACCGAACGUCGGCAGCGCUGAAUUUGUAAUGAACGACGAUGCUAAACUAUUGAGAAAACUUCAAGCCCAAGAAAUAGCCAGACAGGCAGCACAAAUCAAACUUCUUCGAAAGCUUCAGAAACAAGAACAAGCCCGAGCUGUGAAGGAAGCCAAAAAACAGCAAGCUAUCAUGGCUGCCGAAGAAAAGCGAAAACAGAAAGAACAAAUCAAAAUUUUGAAACAACAGGAAAAAAUCAAAAGGAUUGAGCAAGUAAGAAUGGAGAAAGAACUUCGUGCCCAACAAAUUCUAGAGGCUAAAAAGAAAAAGAAGGAAGAAGCAGCAAAUGCCAAAUUAUUGGAAGCCGAGAAACGUAUAAAGGAAAAGGAAAUGCGAAGGCAGCAGGCAGUCCUUCUGAAACAUCAGGAGUUGGAGAGGCAUAGACUAGAUAUGGUAUGGGAACGAGAGAGGAGACGACAACAUGUAAUGCUGCUGAAGGCAGUGGAGGCUCGUAAGAAGGCCGAGGAACGAGAACGUUUAAAACAAGAAAAACAGGAUGAAAAAAGGCUUAACAAAGAACGCAAACUAGAACAGCGAAGAUUAGAGCUUGAGUUGGCCAAAGAGCUAAAGAAGCCCGCAGAGGACAUGUGUUUAGCUGAUCACAAGCCUUUGCCAGAACUUCCACGUAUCCCUGGACUAGUCCUUUCUGGUAACACAUUUUCCGACUGCCUCAUGGUGAUCCAGUUCCUGCGCAACUUUGGCAAAGUGCUUGACUUUGAUGUGCACAACGAUGUCCCUUCACUGAGUGUUCUCCAAGAAGGGUUACUCAAUAUGGCCGAUAGCAUGGGAGAGGUACAGGACUUGUUGGUGAGGCUGUUGUCUGCUGCCGUUUGUGACCCUGGAGUCCCACCAGGAUACAAGGCAAAAACCUCUCUCGGGGAACAUUUAAUGAAUAUUGGCAUAAACCGCGACAAUGUUUCAGAGAUUCUGCAGAUAUUUAUGGAAGCUCAUUGUGGGCAAACAGAACUUACUGAGAGUCUUAAGACCAAAGCUUUCCAAGCGCACACUCCAUCACAGAAGGCCUCCGUUCUUGCUUUCCUUGUCAACGAACUUGCAUGCAGCAAAUGCGUGGUCAGUGAAAUUGAUAAAAGUAUUGACCACAUGGCCAAUUUAAGGCGUGAUAAAUGGAUGGUGGAAGGCAAGCUGCGCAAGCUAAGAAUGAUACAUGCUAAAAAGACAGGAAAACGUGACUCAGUAGGUGGCGGAGAUGGAGGAGACGAGCAGCAUUCUCUUGGAACACCAGCUUCUGUCCGAAAGCGCAGACGGAAGGGAGCUGACAGUGACUAUGAUGAUGACGAGGAUGAUGACAGUGAUGAACAAGCAGAAGACGAUGACGAGGACGAAGAAGACAAAAAAGGAAAAAAAUCAGAAACCUGUGAUGAUGAGGACGAUGGGGACCAAACAGCCACAGUGGAGGAACUGGAAAAACAGAUUGAAAAGAUGCUUAAGCAACAAAAUCAGAUCAGGAAGAAAUUAUUUGAAUCAUCCCAUUCCCUGCGGUCAAUGAUGUUUGGUCAAGAUCGCUACAAACGCAGAUACUGGGUUCUGCCACAGUGCGGCGGUAUCUUUGUGGAAGCCAUGGAGAGUGGAGAAGGUCCAGAGGAAAUGGCUAAAGAGCAAGAGAAACAAAGGAAGGCAGAAAAUAUCCAGAUUAAAGAAGAGUCUUUUGAAGGCUUUCAAGACAAGGUCAAUUGUUUGAACCCAGGGAAUGGGGAUAGUAAGGACACCACAAAUUUAUUCCUCCAAAAGCCUGGCUCCUUCUCAAAACUUAGCAAGCUACUCGAAGUAGCAAAGAUGACUCCAGAAAUGGAUUGUGUUCUCCAAAAAGCAUCUCUUUCUCCAAAUGGUGGAGCAUUACCCUACCAGAAUAAUGCAAGGAGUACACCCAUUAGUCUACAACCCAGUACAUCUCAGAGCAAUCCUGAGAAAACUGACUUGAAUCCAUUUACUCCGCCUGUUUGCGGAUCUGGGAAGUUUUACAACUCUUCAAUAAUUCCCAACGAACAGCUGCUAAAAACUCUUACGGACAAAGGCAGGCAAUGGUUCAGCCUCCUCCCCAGGUCACCGUGUGAUAACACUUCUCUAACACACAUAGACUCAUCCACACCUCUUCCACCCACGACACAGCCUCGGGUUCAUUCCCAGCCGCCAUCACCCGUUUUAUCUCCAGCUGGAAAUUCAUCAUCCGUGCAGAGCCCGAUGGCAUUAAACCCAUUUACUAUGCCUCCGCUCCAGGUAAAGCCUGGAAUGCCUUUGCUGGGACUUCAGUUCUGUGGAUGGCCACCAACAGUCAUGCCGUCAAACCUAUCAUUUUCAUCACCAAUGUCAGCAAUAGGGCUUGGAUUAUCAGAAGGGAACAGCCAUUCCUUCUUGACACCAAUCAUUCCUGCAAACAAAAGUGAAUCUCCAGUGCCACCGAGCGACAAAUCCGCAUGCUCAUCUGCCGUGGAGUUACCCAAACCAGUAGAUUUCCCGAGUGCCAGACCCAUACCAGAAGAAAUGCAGUAUGGUUGGUGGAGAAUAACAGAUGCAGAGGAUCUGAAAUCUUUGCUGAAAGUUCUUCAUAUCAGAGGAAUCCGUGAGAAGUCAUUACAGAAGCAGCUACAGAAGCACUUGGAUUAUAUCACUCAGACCUGCCUGAAAAUUAAAGAUGCUACUCUCAUAGAAAUGAACAGCCCAGAAGAAUGUGCUUUGAGCCGAGACAUCUUCGAGAACUGGUGUGUGGAGGACCAGGAAAUGGAGGUAGACAUGGCUGUCCUACAACAGGUGGAAGAUCUUGAACGGAGAGUUGCUUCUGCUAGCCUGCAAAUAAAGGGGUGGAUGUGUCCAGAGCCUGCCUCUGAAAGAGAAGACUUGGUAUAUUAUGAACAUAAAUCAGUCAAUGACUGGCACAUGGAACAUGACGGGGAACAACCAGCAGAUGAAGGAAACAAUUCAAAUAUUCUAGAACGGAAGAGUGACAACCCUCUAGAUAUAGCUGUAACCAGGCUGAUUGACUUGGAGAGGAACAUAGAGCGAAGGUACCUGAAGAGUCCCUUAAGUACCACCAUUCAGAUCAAAGUGGAUAAUGUGGGAACAGUUACUGUCCCUGCUCCUGCACCAUCUAUUAGUGGUGAUGGUGACGGAACUGAAGAUGACAUUGCCCCAGGAUUGAAGGUGUGGAGGAAGGCGCUUUCCGAGGCCCGGAGUGCCGCUCAAAUUUCACUGUGUAUUCAGCAAUUACAAAAAUCUAUUGCAUGGGAGAAGUCGAUCAUGAAAGUGUACUGCCAAAUUUGCCGUAAAGGAGAUAAUGAGGAAUUGCUGCUCUUAUGUGAUGGCUGCGAUAAAGGAUGUCACACUUACUGCCAUAGGCCAAAAAUCACAGCUAUUCCCGAGGGUGACUGGUUUUGUCCUGCUUGCAUUGCCAAGGCAAGUGGGCAUUCACUAAAAAUGAAGAAAGCUAACCUAAAGGGCAAAAAAAGUUCUGAUCCAAAGAAAGGCAAAAAAUCACCAGGGGAUACAGAAGAUGAAGAUCCUGCAAUGACUGGGGGUUCUGCAAAAAAGGGUAGCAAGGACAGCAAAAAGCGCAAGACUGAAGACAGCAACAGCCCCUCAAAGCAAGAAUGUUCUCCGUCUAAGAAAACCAAAUCCACCAAGGAGGAUUUAAAAGAUCUAACCCUGUGCAGCGUGAUCCUGGCUGAGAUGGAGUCCCACGAGGAUGCAUGGCCUUUCCUACUUCCUGUAAACUUGAAACUUGUUCCUGGUUACAAAAAAGUUAUCAAGAAACCAAUGGACUUUGCCACGAUCAGAGAGAAGCUGAGUAACGGACAAUAUUCUAAUUUCGAGGCUUUUGCUCUCGAUGUCAGACUUGUCUUCAACAACUGUGAAACCUUCAACGAAGACGACUCCGAAAUUGGUCGAGCCGGACACAAAAUGAGGAUUCACUUUGAGAAACGAUGGACAGAAAUUUUCAACAUGAGCUGAAAGUGUUCUUCGAGCUUUUACCUUUUAAGAAGACCAGCAAUGUGAACGCGUUACAAGAGGGUGCGAGGACUAUUAGAAUAUUUCUCAACAAAUACGUUGUCAAAAGACAGAUAAAUGUCAAGUUUGUACUUCUAACAAAACCAGAGCCCAUGUUUUUUGGUCUGUGUGUGUUUUUCUUUUCUUUUUCAACUACUGUCAAUAUAGGACAAGGACACACACUCACAGAUUUUCAAAGGGGGGGGUGUCCUAGUGCAAUAGCUAUUAAAAUUUAUAAAAACGCACUGAAUCGUCAACCGCCAGAGCUGUACCGAGGCAAUGGAUCUCCAUUCCGGUUCCAUAAAGACCAUUUUUUUAUGUUAUUUUGUAGCUUUUUUUAGUGAAUGUAUUUAAUUUUAUGAAUUAUUUAUAAUUACACAAUAGACCGAAUCUUCGUUUUCUGUGAAAAGGAAGACUAGAGAUGAAAAAAAAUUGCUUUAAAUCUUGAAGAUACAAGAAGAAUGUUUAAAAAAAAUAAAAAAAUAAUAAAAUAAAAUAAAUAAAAAAAAGCCAAGUAAACUGUUUACACUGACGUGCUGGAGCAGCACAGAAACGGGACUUUACUGUAGAGUUACAAGUACAUUUAUAUAAAUCUACAUAUGUUGCUGCAUCACUUGUGUAGUUAAAUUGUAUUUCAAGAUGGUGAAGCCAAUUGAGAAAUAUGUAUAUAGUGUUCAUUAUUGUUUAUAUUAAGUCUUAUGUAUGAUGUGUACAUAUUGUUUGUAGACAUUUGAUGAUGAUGUCUGCCUUAGAAGGAUUGUAGCAUUUAAUUUUAGUCUUCAGGUGAACUCUAUAGCUUGUACAGUAUCCUCUACCAAAACUGUGGAGUCUCCUUAAAUAUUGGUAGUGCCUGCCUUCAAAACAGGGUGUAGGGGGAUAUACGUUUUUUUUGUUUGUUUUUUUCAUUCAUAGUUACUUUUCUUUUCUAUUUUGUUUUACGAGUUUGAGCCAACUGGGCCUAAAAAUUGAAAAGUAUAAUCAUUUGUAUCCAUGUGAAAUAAACUUGUGACAAUUUCCUACACACAGUGUUUUUUUCAUAGAUACAUUUCCCUUCAUUCGCCUCUCCACAGAGUUAUCGAGACAAAGGCAUUCGUGACCACUGUGUUUUAUCUACUGUGUGGUAUGGUGGCCUGUUGGAGGCAAAACGAUCAGACCUUUUUUGUACCGAUUGUACUUGAAGUUCUUUUAUUUAAAACAAAAAUGUUGUGAGAAGGAUAGUUUUUUUUUCACUAGUAUGUGUGGCACGGAUACAAUAAAAAGACUUUUGCAAUA